AUGAAGUGCGCAACCCUCCUGAGCCUCGGCCUCGUCGCCAUCACCGCCUCGGCCACCCUCGUCGUCGAGCGCGACGCCGCGCCCUACAAGACCGUCAUCAAGAACAUCACCGCCGCCGUCGACAACCUCGACUCGGCCGUGCAGGCCUACACCAGCGCCGGCAGCGACAAGCAGCCCGUCCUCGACGCCUCCGACGCGCUCGUGCGGGCCCUCGACGCCGGCAAGUCGACCAUCGCUUCCCUGCCCAACCUCAGCGCCGGCGACGCGGGCCCGCUCGCGUCGGACCUCGGCGCGCUCAGCACCAAGAGCCAGGCGCUCACCGACGACAUCAAGGCGAAGCGCGGCGUCGUGGAGGCGGCGGGCGAGUGCGACGCGGUGCGGGGGAAGCUCGCGGAGAUUAGCCCGAGCGCGCAGGCGCUGGUGGACGAGGCCCUGACGAAGCUGCCCAAGACGCUGCAGCCGCUGGCGCAGCCGUACGUGUCGACGUUUAGCAGCACGUUCAACGCGACGACGGACUACUUUUCCGAGGCCAACUGCCAGAACGGCGGCAACGGGACGUCGACUUCGGCGGGAAGCUCGACUGCAAGCCCGACCAGCUCUCAGACGGCCGCGUCCCCCAGCGGCUCCAGUGGCGCUUCCUUGCUGGCUCCCGCAUGGAUUAUGGGAACGGUAAUGGCGUUGUUUGCCGUGUGCUAUUAG